CACAAAAAAAAAAUAAAAAAAAUCUCACGAAUCUCUCUAUCUCUCCCUAAGAGCGUAUUUCGAACGGAGCUACGAUUCCAUGGCGAGCAAUGGAGACAAGGUCACGGCUACGAUUGAGAAUGGCAAAGGGCUUUCUACUGGUGAUAAGCCUACGAAAAUUGUAGACCUCAACACUGUGGAGCCAGAUCGUACUGAUGAGUUUCUCGACGGAGAAGUUAAGGGUUUCUCUGAUUCCGGUGAUGUUUCUGCUGAGAAGAAGGACGAAGCUGACUCUAAUGCUAUUGGGUCGAUUGCUGGGGAUAUCUCUCCGGUCGAUGAUAUUCAGAAGAAGAUUCGACGUGCUGAGAGGUUUGGGGUUUCUGUGAAGCUUACCGAAGAGGAGAAGCGCAAUUCUCGUGCUGAGAGGUUUGGAACUGUGGCAGCAGCAGCAGCAGUAGCGGUGAAUGGCACUGAGGGAACGAAGAAAGCUGAGGAAUUGAAGCGAAAGGCUAGAGCUGAUAGGUUUGGGGUUUCUGCUGCAACCCCUACUGUUGGUAACACUGAGGAAGAGGCAAAGAAGAAAGCUAGGCUAGAACGUUUUGGGAAAGAGACUAAAGUUGAUUCGGCUGAAGAAGAUAAACGCAAAGCUAGAGCAUUGAGGUUUUCAAAAGAGGCUUCGGAUUCAUCUUCAGAUUUACCUGGAAAGCAAAAUAUUGGCAAGGAGGCAGCUGUAUCAGGCAACGCUGCCUAAGGUUCCUGAAUAAAGUAUCGUUUGUCUUUGUAGUUAGGUAGUGUACUAGCGUUUUAUGAUUUCCCUCUCUGGCUGCUUCAUUCUCUCUUUAUUUCUGAAUUAGAAGUCUCCGUGUGUGUAUUUAAGAAGUUCAAAGUUUGGUCGUGGAGGAAGGUUUUGCGGUCUCUCGUUCGCUCAGAUGGACGGAAGCCAAGCUGUCACCAAAUGAGAUCUUGAGAAACCAACAAGUAACCUAUAGUUCUGAUUGUCUUAAAAUGGCAAUUAUUAAUGUGUUAGGACCUAGGAAUUCUGAAGUGGCUGGUAUUGACCUUUUCCAUGUUGCAGGUUCUUGAAGUGGUAAGUAUAGCUUUGGUAACAUUUUGAUUUCAUUUAAAUAUCUGUGGAUGGUCCUUUUAAUAUUGCAUAUUCGUAUCAAGCACAACAGCAGCAAUAGAUAAUCUUUAUCGCAUGCAGCAAAUAGUUAAGGAAAGAGUUUUUUUUUGGUGUGUUGAAGGCUAUUUAUAAAUUGUAAGUGUUGAUUACUGGAGUUGUGCCAAUUCGUCUUCUUGAAACAAUAAGUCUAUUUUAUCAUAGUCAGUGGUUACUAAAGUUAGCUGGUUUACUGCUGUUGUGUGCUUGAUUGCGAAUAAUGCAUGCUAAAUGGAUCCCAUAACCUUGAAUCGUUUUUUGGUUGCUUAUUUUCAUGACAUCUCAAGCUGCUACUUCAGAAUUCCUUUGUCAUUUAAGACAUUAUUAGAACUAUAGAGGUACGUGUUGGUUUCCAUUUCUCCGGUCUCUAUGGCAGUGAAGAAAAGAGAGCCUCAGAUUAUGAAUCUAUGUUCGCUGGACUGGAACUUUGUUUGGCUUUCUGUUGCUACACAACCUCUUUUGUUUCUGUAAUAGUUUAGAUAAAACUUUGUUGAUACUUGCUUUCUGAUAAUUUUGAAUGAAGCGCCAGAAAACUUUUAUAAAGGGGAAUGUAAUGUUUAGUUUUGAUA